AUGGCCGCUCUUCCAGCUUCUGGCGGCGUUCGGAGCCUUUUGGCCAAGUUCGAAAACUCAAAUAAUAACAAUAACAACCCUGACGUGUCUCCUUCCCGCGGCCGAUCCUCCGCCGACUCGCAAGACAACGCUACUAAUAGACCUUUGUCUAAAGUGCGAGCAAGCUUCGUCUCUGUAGAACGAAAUGGCCAGGGCUCACCUACACCCGGCGCACUACGAAGAACCGAAAGUUACAAUACAGAUGUGGACUCGAAUCAGAGAUCGGCCACCGUGUCACCGACAGGUCAACUCGAAACCGCCUCGGCCUCCCCGUUUAGCCCGUCUCCUCACAAAAUUCGUACCGCACUUGCUGCUUUCCAAGGCGAUAGAGUUGAGAGUGUUACUGCAAAGCUUGCGUCACUCGCUGUGAAGGACAAUAUGCAGCCGCCAAAUGUUACCGAGAAAUCAGACACGAAACCAGAGACAAAAUCGGAGACCAAACCUGAAUUGCUAGAGCCUGCAAUCAUUGAGAAAGCAGCGACCAAGCCCACACCUGCUGCAUCCACCAAGCAGGCGGCACCUUUGAAGGCGAUCAAGAAGAGCGCAUCCACAAUGUCAAUUGCGAAAGAAUCAUCGGCAAACAAGAACCCGACCAAAAGUGCAGCUACAAAAGAAAAGAAACUUACCUCUACACCUACACGGUCAGCUACCACAACAACACGCCCUACGGCGCACUCGGAUAAGCCUGCUGGCCCCCGAACGACCGCCGUCAGAAGUUCAGCUCCCGCUGCUCGCGCUGAGCGUUCCAGCACACCCUCCCACGAGGUUACCAAAAAGCCUACUGUCCAGCCGUCGCCCAAGACUAAAUCUAGUUCAAAGUCUCCUACCCGGCCUGUGCGCCUUCCUGCGUCUCUCGUCACACCCACGGCUGCCUCAGCUGCAAGGACCGGGACUUUGGGACGCUCCCAGAGCCACAUAAACCUACGAAGUUCACCCAAAGCAGAACCGGCCAAGCCUCUUUCCCGAAAACCAUCAACUCUCAGGCCAGAUACAUCUCGACUAGCAAAUCAUACCAUUCCUGAUCGACCAAGAUCUCGUAUGAGCACCACAUCCUCGCGUGCUCCUGGCGAAGAGAGUUUCCUCGCCCGGAUGAUGCGCCCUACUGCUAGCUCUGCAAGCAAAAUGCAUGACAAGGUUGAGCCGAGAAGCCCGCCGAGACUCGGAAAGGCCGUGAAGUUGAGCCCAAAGAAGGACAUUCCCGCCAAGACGGGUGAGGAUAAGAAGGAGAAAGAUGAAAAGUCCGUUCUGGACUCAGCGCCUGCGACACCAGAAGUUAAGAUUGAAAAGGUGGCAACAGGUCAGACUGCUAUUAAAGAAGAGUUCAAUGUCGGAAAAGGCCAUCAAGCUGAGGGACCGACAGUGUCAGCGGUGGAAGAGACCGAAAAGGAAGCUGAAGUUUCCGCCGUGGAACCCUCUUCGGAUUCAGUUGAGAUAGCUCCAGCUCUUGGAUCUGCAGCAGAACCAUCUGCUGAGGCGAUUGUCGAGGAACCAAAAGAAGAAGCUACUCCAACCGAGUCAUUGGCUGAGCCGAGCAUCAAGGAUGUGACCGAAGAUCUACCGACCGAAUCUACACUAUCCGAGGAUCCAGAUGCAUUCGCUGACAAUGGUCUUGCAUCCGUUCCGGAAACAGUCCCUGAAGAGCCCGAGACUGAGAUAAGAGAAGCUGUUCCAGAAAGCAAAACGGAAGCUGAAAAACCUCACGGCAACGCACAAGAUGCCUUUUCUGAGCUCGCCGCAGAAGUCACCGUGCCUCAAGAAAAGAUUUCGGAUAAGGCUGAGGAAGUCCCUGAAGCUGAUAUUCCCGAAUCAGAACAGGCCAUUGAAGAGUCGGUGCCGGCCGCUCCAGAGGGCACACAUGCUGAAGCUGUCGAGAAGGCGGAAGAGUCAGCGCAGAGAACUGUAGCUGAAGAGCCUCUUGAACCUGCUGCUGAGAAGGCAGAUGAAAAGAUAGAGCCUAAAGCUGAAGAUGACAACUGA